AUGGAUUCGGAUGGGAAGACUACAACGGACCCAAAUCUUGUUCAACCUGGCAGCUGGCAGGAAUUUAUUAUCAAAUCAGGAGAAGCCUGUAGUAUUGCUGCUGUCAUCCUCUCUAUAAUCUUCCUAUUGUUCGAUUCGUUGAGGACAAGUUAUCCAGUAAAUGUCGUUAUUAUCAUACUGUUAGUGCUGCUGUGGACGUUUGGUGCAUCUGCAAUCUAUGCUCAACUUCCAUGGAAGUAUCUUUUAAUGUUACUUGGUCCAGCAACUACAGUGAUGUUAAUAGUUAUAUUUCUACCUGUUCUACUCUUACCUAUCAUAUUUUGGGGUUUGGCGUCAAUUUUCGCUAUAAUAAUCAUUGUACAAUUCUGCCGAUAUAUAUGUUUUGCAGAUGAGAAAUACAAAUCAGUAACUACCAGCAAACUUUCGUACUUUACUAUAACCUAA